CACAUUUUUAGGCCACUGAGUUUUCUGCACUUGACUAGUCCUUGCAACUGGUGGGAGUGACGAACAAGAUUAUGUUGACAUCCUGUCUCUUAUUUUAUGAAUUGCCAAGACUACCUCCAUCCCUGUAAAAUGAAAAAAAAACCCAAACACUUCAUGUUUUCCUCUCCUUUGUUCUGUUUCUAGGGUGCUGGUUUUUCUAAUGAGUAACAUAAGAGUAAUGAAAUCCUCUCUACGAGCCAAAAGAAGUUAAAAAUCUCCCCUUCAUUUCAAAGCACAAGAUCAGGAAAUCCAGAGGUGCUCUCUUCAUAUUUUGAAUCUCAACACGUCAUCACCCAAAAUGGAGUCCAGUGUGUAGACAUCACAGCAAAGGCAACAGCGAAGGAGGGAACUGGAGAAGAAGAAAGAGGACAUGUCCAGAUGCUUCCUACGGAGUUUCUCCUGAGGACAACUGGUAGCCUGGAGGGAAGCAAGACAGAUUGUGUCUGCACAGAGCAGAAGAAGAGGUGGGCACUGGGGCCUUCCUGGUACCACCUGACAAGUGACAGUGAAAGCAAAGAUGCUGUGAAAAGAGAAAGAAAUGGGUCCACUACUUGCAAUCAUUUUUCUGGCUGCUUUGCUACAUCAAUCUGCUGGACAGCCUAAAAAACCAGAUGUUUCUUUCUUUGUUAUUCCUGUGGCUCAAAAACGACAAGAGAUUCUUGAUCAACACAAUGAAAUACGGAGAUCUGUCAUUCCCACAGCCAGCAACAUGCUGAAGAUGGAAUGGAGUGAGAAAGCUGCCAUCAGUGCUCAGAAAUGGGCAAAUAAGUGUCAAAUGAAGAGCAGUCCCAGAGAGGAGAGACUUAUCGAUGGUGUCCCCUGUGAUGAGAAUAUAUUGCAGUUAACUUACCCCAAGACGUGGUCUGAAGCAAUUAGUACAUGGUAUAGUCAGAUAGCUGGUUUCAAGUAUGGGAGUGAAUCACUCAAGUAUACGGCUAAUAUCCAGAGCUAUACUCAGCUAAUCCAGUAUAACAGCUACCAGGUUGGAUGUGCAGUUGCCUAUUGUCCUAACAGCCGGUUCAACUACUUUUAUGUUUGUCAUUACUACCCUCCAAGAAACAAUCAAGUACCAGCAGCUACACCUUACAAAAUAGGACCAAAAUGUGGUGAUUGUCCGGGCCACUGUGACCGUGGGCUUUGCACCAAUCCUUGCAAGCUUCAAGAUUUAUUGACAAACUGUGCAAAUCUGAGAAGCUUGUUCGGCUGUGACUUUGAGAUGGUGAGAAAAAAGUGUCCUGCUGCCUGCAGAUGCACUACUGAAAUCAUAUAAUGUCCUGGUGGAUGUCAUUACAGCGGCUUUGAGACUGACUUAUUUGGAAAGAAUAAAACUAACCAUGACAUGUAUUUGCUCUCAGUUUAUCAGCUCAGACUGAGUUGUAGGCAACAUUUUUAUGAAAUCACACCAUUAUUUCAGUCCUAAAUUAGUCUAGUAACUCAAGUAACCUCUGAUGUUGUUUUAGGCUUAAUAAAAUUCAUCUUUAAGCUACUAAUGGAUUUCUUUUUCCCUUUUUCUUGCAAUGGAGCUUUCACUGAAUCAUUUCUUUUUAAUGGGAAUUACUCUUUUAAAACAGUUUUUGUAAUAUACAUUAAAUU